AGUUUAUGUAACGAUAUCUAAGUACACAAAAUAUAGAGAUGUAUAUAGCAUCAACACAAUACAGUCGACUGUCAUUUAAUGGCGUCCAAACGUGUACUCCUAAUAAUUAAUAAAAUACAAUACAGUGUAUUAUAAAACAUAUUAUAGGAGAAAAUAAGGACCUUUCAAUUUCAUUUUUAACGAAUUUUUUUUUAAAAUUGUUGCACGAAUGCAUACCAUGGGUCCUAAGAAACAUAAAAAGCACAAACGUGAACGUCAUGAAGGAAUAUUGACUGCGUUUUCACCAUGGGCUAACUGAACUAAGUGAGAUUGGAGUAGAAGUAAGGUGAAUUGGAAAAUAUUGAGAAGGUUCCCAUAGCAAGAGGUACAACGUGAAAAAAGCAAUUACUUGAAUGCCGAAAAACCGCCAGCAUUAAAACUAAUCCUUAAAGUUGGUGGAAAUAGUACAGUAGACUACGCAAACGAUUCGUUUAAUCAACAAUCAACAAUGUUAUCACAUCAGCAGUAUCAACAACAAUUGGGUCACAAUUAUUUAGUAACUCAAGAGUCGGAAUAUGAAAAAUAUGUCAGUGGACAUAAAAAGUUGAAGAAAAAAAAGAAGAAAAAAGACAAACGUCAUAAACAUCAUCAUAAAGAAAAGAAACGACGUAGAGAAGAAUCAAGCCAGGAAUCUAUUGGUGAUGCAGAUGAAAGUUUAUUAGAGGGACAUAAAAAAGUGCUAAAUCAUCACAGUAAUCUUCAUCAUAAUCAUCUUCAUUCAGUAUCAGUGAAACUUUCAAGUACAGAAAAUAAAAGUAGCAACAACUCUGUUAGUAAUAAUGGAAGUUCCUUGUCGCCACAUCGAGAACCAAGAAGUUGUGUUUUGAAAAAGAUUGCAGAAAAAAGUCCUCUACAAAGGCUUCUAGAACAUUUACUUAGAUCAAUGGAGAAACGAGAUCCACAACAAUUUUUUGCAUGGCCAGUGACGGAUAAUAUUGCUCCUGGUUACUCUCAAAUUAUCACAAAUCCUAUGGACUUUAGUACAAUAAAGCAGAAAAUAGAUGAAAAUACCUAUCAAAGUUUGAAUGAUUUUAUUGGUGAUUUUAAACUAAUGUGUGAUAAUGCAAUGAUUUAUAAUCAUUCAGAUACUAUUUAUUAUAAAGCAGCUAAAAAGCUUCUGCAUGUUGGCUUGAAGAUGGUUACACCAGAAAAAAUACGACAACUUCGGUCUGUCUUAACCUACAUUCAUGAUAUUACAAAAGACGAAUUAGGCUUUGAGUUAGGAUUUGAAGAUCCAAAUAAUCCCGACGUACUUAUGUCUGAAGAACAAUUUGAAAAAGAACGAGAACAAGAAGAUCAAAAUGAAGAAGCUGAAGAAAUAAAGAAGGAGAAUGAACGUAAAUUACAACUAGCUAAUCUAGGUAAAUUUGAAGCAAUACCAGAUGAUCUUACACCUGAAGAAAUACUUAAACAAGCACGUGGUGCUGCUAAAUCGGCGUCCGAUAAAUUGUCAAUGAAACGGUUAAAUUCCAAAAUGGGUUUCCUUCGGCAGAAAAAAGACGGCACUACAAGUUUACAAAUAAUCGUACAUGGCGAUGGUGUAAUACCUGGAACCAACCAAAGACCAGUCUCUCUUGGUCAGUUAAUUGGUAAACUGAGUCAUGGUACUGGAAAUCUUGCAGGUUUUCGUGAAGAUCGUAGGAAUAUGUCAAAACCAGUAAAAUCUUUGUAUUAUGGUGCAUUUGGCUCAUACGCACCCAGUUAUGAUUCUACUUUUUCAAAUCUUACUAAAGAAGAAACAGAACUUGUUUAUCAAACGUACGGCGAUGAAACAGCUGUGCAGUAUGCUGAAUCUAUUUUAGAUUUUGCGAAAGACUGUGAUUAUACUCUUACUUUAGUCGAUGAUUUAUUGGACAUUCUCACUAAUGGUGAUCAUAAAAAAACUAAAAAGAUUUUGGAGGAAAAAAAGAAACUUAGAGAGGAAGAAGAGAGUAUUAAAAAUUUACUGGAAAAGCCAACACAACAAUUUUGUAAUAAUAAUAAAAGUAUUCAACUUGAUCGGAUCAAAGUCGAUGUGGAUCAACUGAAAACUUUGACUGAACUAGGCAUUAAUACUAACUUUUUAGAUGACUUGGAAAAAGAAAUAAUACUCAAUGAAGAGCGUGGUUUAAUACAAAACCGUCUCGAUGAUACAUCGCAGAUGUUGGAAAGACUCCGUCAAGUGCAGCAUGAACGACUGUCAGUUCCACCACCUGCACACUUGUCUGCUGUUCUUAAAGCAUCGGACAAUGAAGCCAAUCUUGCCGGAAAAAUAACUGAAAAUAUAACAGAGAUAGCUAAGAAAUUGCCACCGUCAGCUAUAGCACCAAUCGAUGGAUUAAGGAGAGCUAUGGGUAUAGCGCCAGUUGGUGGACCUGAACCAAUGGAAGUUGAUCCCAUAACACACAACCCAACCAUUGUCACGGAUAACAAUUUUAUCAACCAAUCUAAUCUUAACCAAUCAUUACCUGCAUCAAAUUUAAUACUCAACAUGUCAGCUAUACAAACAAAUAUUAUUAAUAAUCAAUCUAGUGAUCAGUUAAAUCAACCAACAAUAUGUCUUGUAAACUCAGUGCAACCUCCAAUGCAAAUCCAAAUUGGAUUGCCACAUAAUCAAACAACAACUGCGCUUUUAAGUGCUCCUGAAACUUCUGGUGUUAAUGAUCUUGAAUCUGAACUACGAGAAUUUUUAGAAAGUGAUCCUACUUUAGGUCAUUCACCACUUCAUGAUGAUAAAACUUUAGAAGACAUACUGUCAGAGUCUUAACAUUCUUUACAACAAUUAACAUAUUAACAUUAAUAUUAAUGAUAAUUAUACAGAUAAUGUAAAUUCGUCAUAUUUAUAACUACUUGCGGUAUAUUCAUCAAGUUGAACAUAAAUUAAAAUAAGUUGUACUAAUUGUAACUUUUAAACAAGCCUAAAUUAAUUAA